CAAGUGAGUUUAAUUACUGCUGUGUUUUUUUUUGGUCACAUAAAGAAUGUGUUGGAUCAGCAAAAAAGAGAAAAACAAGCAUGAUGUCCGUUACAGUCACUGCCGCCACUUGCUUCGCCGCAGGCUCCUACCUUCCACGGUCGCCACGGCGGAGCUUCACGGUGGCUCUCCGAUCUGACGUGUCAAGUACCGCAACGAGAAUAUUGACGGAAUUGAAACGCGAGUGUGCCACUCCUCUCCCCCUUCUUCAGCAAGUGGCCAAAACCAUGUCUGAUGAUAUGCGAGCUGGGCUUGGGCUUAAGCCCGGGCUUCCCAUGAUACCCACCUAUGUUGAAAAUCUUCCCACUGGGAAUGAGAAAGGGUUGUUCUAUGCCUUGGAUCUUGGUGGAACAAACUUCCGUGUGAUGAGGGUGCAGUUGGGUGGGAAAGAUGAGCGUGUCAUCGACACUGAGUUUGAUCAAGUUUCUAUACCACAGGAUCUCAUGUCUGCUACAUCACAAGAGCUGUUUGAUUUCAUUGCUUCAGGGCUUGCAGAAUUUGUGUCAAAGGAGGAUGGUGGGUUUCAUAUCUCACCGGGAAGAAAGAGAGAGAUUGGAUUCACGUUUUCAUUUCCUGUGAAGCAGACAUCUAUUGAUUCUGGCAUACUAAUCAAGUGGACAAAGGGUUUUGCAGUCUCUGGAACAGCAGGAAGAGAUGUGGUUGCUUGUCUGAAUGAGGCAAUGGAAAGACAAGGAAUAGAUAUGCGAGUUUCUGCUCUGGUGAAUGAUGCUGUGGGAACGUUAGCUGGAGCGGAAUACUGGGACAGUGAUGUUGUGGCUGCUGUCAUUUUGGGUACCGGAACCAAUGCUUGCUAUGUUGAGAAGAUCAGUGCCAUUCCUAAGUUACAGGGCCAUGCCUCUUCUUCUGGCAAAAUGAUCAUUAGCACUGAGUGGGGAGCUUUCUCAAAUAGUCUCCCUUCAACCGAGUUUGACAGGGAAAUGGAUGCUGCUACCAUCAAUCCAGGGGAGCAGAUCUUUGAAAAGACAAUCUCAGGACUGUAUCUAGGCGACAUUGUUAGACGAGUGUUACUGAAAAUGACUGAAGAGGGUGGUUUGUUUGGCAGAUUUGUCCCACAAAAACUAUCUACACCAUUCAUACUCGGAACCCCAGAUCUAUGUGCCAUGCAGCAAGACUAUUCUGGCGACUUACAUGCAGUUGGGUCCCUCCUCUAUGAUAUAUUAGGGGCUGAAUCCAAUUUAAGUGAAAGAAAAACAGUUUUAGAGGUUUGUGAGACUAUUGUAAGGAGAGGAGGGAGGUUAGCUGGUGCAGGAAUUGUGGGGAUUCUACAGAAAAUGGAAGAGGAUGACAGAGGUCUCAUAUUUGGCAAUGGAAACAGAAGUGUUGUUGCCAUUGAUGGGGGCUUAUACGAAAAUUAUCCUCAAUACAGGACUUAUUUGCAAGAUUCAGUGAAAGAGCUGCUAGGGUCAGAAAAAUCAAACAAUGUGGUGAUAGAACAUACAAAAGAUGGAUCUUCCAUAGGAGCUGCUCUGUUGGCUGCUUCAAAUUCCAUCUACCAACAACACUUAUAGUAUUCACUCUGACCCUGCUUGAGGAAUUUUUUUCAUUUGUAGUAUUGAAAUUUGAACUUUAUGUAAAUUAUUCUUAGUUUAAAUAUUAGUAUAGUUUUUUUUUUGGCAUGAAAAUCAGUUUUUAACAAAAUAAUCUAAUUCAAUAAAAAAUAAGCAAAGUUUAAUGAAGAGUUAUUUCUACCAAAAAUUGUAUUUAAACUAUGUCAAAACAAUUUAAUCUAGAUUCAGUACAGUGUCGUCCAAAUAAUUUCUUGGUGUACUAUGUAUUAUGAUUCAGUGGUUUGAUACUAAAAUGUAUACAUUUAACAUGUUUUAGUGAGGUUAAAAUUUAUAAUAGUUUUUAAGCAAAAAAGAAAAGAAUCACAAUAGUAGAAAGACACAUGAAAAAAAUAAAAAAAAAUAA